UUUCUUCCGCCUACUUAUCUACGUGACACGUGUGAAUUACAAUUGGUAUAACGACGGUGUAAUGACUGUUUGCAUAGUGGUAUUUUAUGUAAGAAGAAGAGUCCCCGUCAAGGGCAAACGCGAAUUAUAAAAGUGUUACCGAGCUAAAUCGAUAUUCAGUUUUUUUUUGCACUGUGCGAAUUUCUGACAAAAAACAUGGACAGAUCAGGUCUUUAUUUGUUGGUCUUUAUGGCUGUAAUAGCGGCCACUGUUGCCGAGGAGAUGUACUCGGAUAUAUUUGAUCAUAUCAAUCCCGAUGACAUUCUGCCGAACGACGAGCUGCGAAAUCAGUACUACAAUUGCUUCAUGGAUACCGGGCCGUGUGUAACCGAAGAGCAGAAAUUCUUCAAGCAGCAUGCCGCUGAAGCUUUUGCAACGAAAUGUAAAAAAUGCACGGAGACGCAAAAGAAGAACAUGGAGAAGAUAAUCGUGUGGUAUACAGAGAAUCGUCCCGACGAAUGGAACGUUCUAAUGGGAAAGCUUCUAGAGGAAGCGAAAAAGCUAAAUCUCUAACAUCAUCAAUAUUCACAUUGUUGUAUAUGUAAUUGUGAAAUGACAAAUAACUUUGCACACGUACAAUAUAUGCCACCGACGUUUACAUAGUCUGCAUUGCGAUACACGAGCACGUAGAGACAAAAAAGAGCAAGAUUUAGUGUUGAUGUAUAUCAUUUUAACUGAUAAUAAAAGUCAUACGAAAUAGA